GGCGUGGUUGUGGAAACACUUAAUUUUUGGCUGUCGUCCGCAGAACGGUCGGUCUACUGUCGCGCUCUCUCUCUCUCUCGGUGACCACCUUGGACUGCCUGCCCCCUUUUUCUUUUCCUCUCCCUCUCGUUCGUGUGUGUUUUGAAAGCUUUGCUUUUUUAAGAAAAAGAGGAGAACGAACAACUCGUCUUUUCUCCGCAUUCGUGUUUCUUGUGUCGUGUCGUGUCGUGUCCGUCGUCAGCAGCCUCUCUCUCUCUCCCGCUCUCUUCUUUUAUUUUUACUCGCGAGUGUGUUGUUAAUUGAAGAUUUUUCGUGGGGGUGUACCCCUACCCACUCCCCCCUGGAUGUCCUGACUGGUAGAGCCAUCUGUGGGAGGGUUUGAUCAACAUCCAGUAAAGAUAGUGUCAAGUCCAAGGAAGUAUUGCAGCAGGGUUCAAGAUGCCGAAAGCGAAAGUAAACUUAUGGAAGCCGUUGACAGAUGGAUUGGAAGGUUUGGUGAAUGUUCGCGUCACCACCAUGGACGCGGAACUUGAGUUCGCGAUCCAACCCAACACAACUGGCAAGCAGUUAUUUGACCAGGUUGUGAAGACAAUAGGUCUGAGAGAGAUAUGGUUCUUUGGUCUUCAGUACACCGAUUCCAAGGGAUACUCUACGUGGCUUAAACUCAAUAAAAGAGUGUUAUCACAAGACGUAAAGAAGGAAACGCCUCUACAGUUCAAAUUCCGAGCCAAAUUCUACCCAGAAGAUGUGUCAGAAGAAAUUAUUCAAGAUAUCACUUUGCGCUUAUUUUAUUUGCAAGUCAAAAAUGCCAUCCUUUCCGAUGAAAUCUACUGCCCUCCAGAAACAUCUGUAUUAUUGGCAUCAUAUGCAGUACAAGCAAAAUAUGGUGACCACAGUCCUGAUUUCCACAAACCAGGGUUCCUCUCCAAUGACCGCCUCCUCCCACAGCGUGUUAUGGAUCAACAUAAACUCACUCGAGAUGAUUGGGAAGGAAGAAUUAUCACAUGGUAUCAUGAGCACAAGGGCAUGCUUAGAGAGGAUGCAAUGAUGGAAUAUCUCAAGCUGGCACAAGAUUUGGAAAUGUACGGUGUCAAUUACUUUGACAUUAAGAAUAAAAAAGGAACAGAACUUUGGCUUGGUGUUGAUGCUCUUGGUCUCAAUAUUUAUGAGAAGGACGACAAGCUCACUCCAAAGAUUGGCUUCCCCUGGUCAGAAAUUAGAAACAUUUCCUUCAACGACAGGAAAUUUGUUAUCAAACCCAUCGACAAGAAAGCACCAGAUUUUGUUUUCUUUGCACCACGAUUGCGUAUCAACAAACGCAUUCUUGCUUUGUGCAUGGGCAACCAUGAACUGUACAUGAGGCGCAGAAAGCCUGACACCAUUGAAGUUCAACAAAUGAAGGCACAAGCAAGGGAGGAGAAAUUAGCUAAACAGCAAGAACGAGAAAAGUUGGCUCGUGAAAUUGCCCUACGUGAAGAAGCAGAGCGAAAGCAGAAAGACUAUGAGGAAAGAUUGAAAUCAAUGCAGGAGGAGAUGGAGAGGCGUCAGAAGGAACUGUUAGAUGCUCAAGAAACCAUCCGCCGCUUAGAGGAACAACUCAAGCAGUUACAGGCUGCUAAGGAAGAGUUAGAACACAAGCAGACAGAAUUACACGAGAUGAUGGUACGUCUAGAACAAGCAAAGGAGAUGGAAGCAGAAGAAAAACAAAAAUUGGAAGACGAGAUCCGUGCCAAGCAGGAUGAGGUUAACCGAAUACAAGAAGAAGUUAGUCAGAAGGACGAAGAAACUAGAAAACUUCAGAAUGAAGUGGAAGAAGCCCGUCGUAAACAGGAGGAAGCAACUGCUGCUUUAUUAGCAGCUUCUUCUACACCUAAUCAUCAUCAUGUUGCUGAGCAAGAAGACACAGAAGAGAAUGACGAUAUCCCCAACGGAGAUAUUUCCAAAGAUCUCUAUACUGGUGAUGAAGUUAUUGAAGAUCCUAUUGAGGAGAGGAGGACACUUGCUGAACGCAACGAACGACUUCAGAACCAAUUGAAGGCUUUGAAACAUGAUCUUGAGAGUACAAGAGAUACAGAGAAGGAAACUACGAUGGACAAAAUUCACAAGGAAAAUGUUCGACAGGGAAGAGACAAAUAUAAAACCUUGAGGGAGAUCCGCAAAGGCAACACAAAACGACGAGUGGAUCAGUUCGAAAACUUGUAAUAAUAUGCCAUAGAGUCACUACACACUUCUGUUGAAGACCAUCCUUAUUUCCUUGUCCUAUUUUCCUGGUAUAUUUUUUCUCUGCCAUUAUGUGAAUUGGUUAUUUUUGAAUCUCAUUGUUUAUACACAUUCACAUUUUAGGCAAAUGACUUUAAAACUUUUCAUGUAAUUAAGAUAUAAAUUUACUAACUUUUGUUAUAAUCUCAGAAUUGAAUUUAGGGAAAAACUGAUUUUAAACUCCUAAUGUCAUUGUAUAGUUUUCAUAUAAGGAAUCAAAAAUAAUGUGCAUUAUACAUAUACUUACGAACAAUGUGAUAUGGACCACUCAGAUGGUGCUGGACCAUGCAAAGGACAUUUUAGAACAACUUCAUAUACUGUCAUCAUCAAGUUGGAAUAGUCGUAUUUCCAUUCCUGUCGAUGCGCUGACUCAAAAAGUCCUUCAGGUUUGAGUAGCCGCCUACUUCUUCAGUCAGAAUUACACAGUAUCUUAACUGUGCUGAUAUGUGCCCUAAGCUAUGUUUCUUGCAGUUUCUAGUAAAGAGAGAAGUUAGGUAGAUUUUUACACAAAAAAAGAUGCUGUGGGCAGCAGGAGUACAGUAAGGCCAAGCAUUGUUAUGGUGAUUGUAUAUAUAUGUUGGUUGAUGGGUAGUCUAUUUUGAAUAUUGAAAUUUGUAUUCAUACCAUCUAGGUAUAGGCCCCCUGUUUAGUGUUGUACAGGUAAUACUACUACAAGAUCUGAUGCACUGGUAUAGAUCUGAUAUGUUUAUAGCUUAUAUAUAUAUUGUAUUAUUUGUAGGAGGGGUGGGGGGUGAAACAAAUGUUUUUUUGUCAUUAAUUUUGGGAAUCUUCUCAGCAUUGCAAUAUCUUCUGUGAUUAAAGACAUAAUCAUUGAUAAUUUGAUUGGUUGUUUGUCUCCUGUCACUUUUUUAUCGUGGAUUCUUUAAUUGAAUGUCAAGCAGAUUUUUUCUUUUGAUAUAAAUAGAUAAAGUUACCUGUGAUUAUCCUUUGGCUAUUGCUGAGGGGAAAAAAAAGAUUAUUUUCUUACUCUAUUGGUAAGCUAAAUAUAAACGACAAGAAGACAUUUAGAUACCAGGAUCUACCAAUUCAACGAUGCUUUUGUGCUUUUUUUUUUAUUGUUUCAAUUCCUCAGAAAAGAAAUGCAAAAAUUAUGUUUAAACAAAUUAUGUUUAAACUAAAUAAAAGUAAGCUGCCAGUGCCUAUGCAAGAGCCUUCAUCUUUUUCUGUCCUCCUUAUGUCUUCCUGCAUGUGCUUGUUUGUUAUGUCUGAAAAGGACUUCAUAUUUUUUUUAUGUAAAUAGAUAGAUAUAUUUAUCUGUUCCCCAAAAAUCUAAAAAUUCUUUUUAUACCUUUGAAGGUGCUUGAAAUCAAAUUGAUUCAUGCCAAACUGUGAGUAGGUUAUAAAACAUUGACGAAUACUUAUUGUUUUGAGUUACUAGUAAUACAGAGUUCACCAAAAUACACAAUUAUUUUGCAGUUAAUGUGACAAGCCUUUAUUACAGGUAUACUUUGCUUAUAUGUUGUGUAUUUUAUAUGGAGAGCUUCAAAUCAAAGUUAUUAGAAAAAUUCUUAUUUCAAAGUGUGUCUUGCUGUUUAUAGAUAUCUAUAAACUUUGGUAUCUGGUUUACAUUUUAUAAAGGUGAUAGCUUUUAUACAACUUAUUUUUUAUACACUUGUUUUCAAAAAUGGCAAAAUAUUUAAGUUGUUGAAUGUAGAAAAAUAUAUUGAUUUUUUGGAAAAUUUGGCAAGAUAAACAGGCAAUGCAGGGUGACGCUGUAGAUAUGGCUAUCCUUUGGGGUGUUGAAUCUUCACAGCCAUACACUGCUGUGUUUGUGGUGUUUCAAGCCUUGGUAGCUUUAUCUAAUAACCUAGCCUUUGAUAUGGAAAAAUAUUAUACAUUGAUGAAAUAAUUAUAAGUCAUUUUUGAAUAAAUAUAAAAGAAAA